AUGAAUGGUAGAAAAAUGGGACAACUGGAACAGCUAAAAAUGUUUAUUUCCGAGCGACUUAAGACGGUCGCUUCAGAAAUAUUAGGCGCCGUUGAGAAGACAGUAACCGAAUACGAGAAAGAAGCAUGCCGUUUGAUGGAAGAAAACAAGCGCCAUUGUUCGGUUCUAGAUCUUCUCGUUCAAGCUAAUAAGUCGCCACGAAAAGAAGCGUCUUUUGUAGUACCGAAACUGUCCAGCGAGAGGCAACAUGGGGCCACGGGGCAUCUUGGGAGCCAAGAAAUGCAACGAAGUAAUAGCAGCGAAGCUACUGUCAGCAGCUACAUUGAUAACGCCAGAGUACACGAACAGAUCUCUCACAACGUUGUGGAGAUACUGCAAACUAAACAAAAGAAAGCUGGAGCUGAAGCUCAGGUUCAAAUCAUCAAAUCUCUGAAAACGGAACCGGAUGAGCUCAAAAUUCAGCAAUCAGUUCCUGCUUCUGGCCCAGUUUUAUCAAGUCCUCCACAUUUGGAGGGUGCCUUCACCUCCUACAAAGAUUUUAUCAACUUCGCAAUGGGCAGCAAGUGCCCUUUCUGCAUGAGGACCGUUCAGGCCACAGAGUUACAUUUGGGCAGAAGGCAUUAUUCCGCUGCUAUUCAUUAUAAUGAAAAUGGAAUCGAGAGAUUCAUCGUACCAUGCGCGUGCAAAGAGCUCAUCCAAAGCCGAAGUCACUGGCAUUGUCCUUACUGCAAAAAGAUUUUAACUCGGAGAGUCAACUUUGAGGGACACAUCGCUAAUAAGCAUCAUUAUCCAAUACGAAACCCAAGCCAAAGGCCAGAUAUUCGUGAAAUGGCCAUAGUACCAACUUCCGAUGCUUGGUCGCAGCAAGAUUUACCAACAACGUCACUACUUCCACUUCAAAAUGAACAGAACCAAUAUUUGGGAGCCCACAGCAACCAAGAUUCUCCCUUCAAUAUAGUCUUUGUUGACACUUCUGUUCAACAAUUGAAUCAAAUGGAAAUCCCAGCAUUAGAUUCGACAGAUCCUCCAUCGAAAAAGAGGAAAACAAAGAAGUCCAAGAGAAAAACAUUGAGUUUAAAAGCAAAACGGAAUAACACAGAGGUGUAUAGAUGUCACGUAUGUGCAAAAAGUUUUCAUUACAGCUACACACUGAGGUCGCACGUGUGGACGCAUUUGGGAAACGCGUCCGUUUGUGGGAUUUGCGGGAGACAAUUAAAGGAUGCGGAGAGUUUAUUGCCACAUUUGGAGAGCCACACGGUGGUAAAGAAAUGUGGACUCUGCGGGAAGAUGUUUUCUAGUGUGGCCCGCUUGAAAGAUCAUUGGAGACUUCAUACGGGAAACCCUUGAAAUGUCAUUGUUAAAAUGUUAAGUCUUAGAAUGUACUGUCUUCGUAGUGCUCUUAUGCCUUAAAAUAGUUGACAUUUUUGUCGUUAUGUCUACUCUAGUUAAAAAUGUUGGUUGUAAACAGACGUGCCGAUUACCUGUUUCAUGGUAUACCGUGGUAUGAAAACGUCAAGGUUUGAAAACCCGCAAAAAUUUGCUGUCAUACCGUCCCGAAGGUAUUAGCUAUUUUUUACGUCCCAAGAACACAGGGAGUCAGCUGUGCUACACGAUGGCUGGAGGAGGUGAAAUUCCUGAACUUUUUCCCUCAUCGAAGAAAACAAAAUCGCUGGUAUGACAAUACUUCGGCUACAAAAAAAUUACAGACGGCCGCGGCUUAGAGGAGGAAGGCCAACCGACGUGUAAAAUAUGUUUGCGGAGGGUGGCUGCCGAGGAGGCAAUACCUCCAAUAUGAUUUCACAUUUAUACCAAAUUCAAGGUUAGUAAAACAUUAUCAUGAACGUUUUCCACUAGCUACGAGAGUUAACUCCAGCGUGUUUUGUGUGUUUAGCAGUGGUAAAACAUAUUUUCUCUCAGGCAACUGCGUUGAGGACGAGUGUGUGCAUAAUGUAAACAUGAUACGAGUCAUACACAGGUGCUUUUUAUGGAAAAUAAUUCAAUAAUUUUUGUUCUGAUGGUAAUCAUGUUGAGCUGUGGCCGUGGGUUUAGGCCAGUGCUUCUCAAUUAUUAUCUGUUAAGCGCCCCACAGGAAGACGUAAACUUUCUGCGCUCCCCCAACUCUCUGCCACCACUAUAAAUAUACUGUAGUAUCAUUUGUAUAUAAUAUUAUUAUAACUACACCUCUGCAUAACAUUGUGUUCUUUUUAAUAUUAAAAGAAAAAAAGUAAUAUAGAUCAACUUCCAUUAAAGUGUUAAAAAACAAAAAAAACAUACCGUAAAAAUACGCUCGACACAUUUUUUUGACGGUUUGAUACUGAAAAUGAAAAUUGAAUAAAAUCAAUAAAUGGUAAUAAAUUCAAAUUGAUCAGCAACAUUAACUCAUUAGGAUAUUAUGCCAAACAAUUAGACCGAAAAAACAAAAACCUAAUAGAACAAAAACGACAGUGUCAUUGGACGGAGGGACAAUUUCUAUUUUUGCUGCAGGCAGUAUCAGCUCCUUUGCGAUGGUGUGGGGUUAUUUUGCGCUGAGCAACUAAGUAUGCCAAUUUAUAUGAUGCUGACAGUGCUUGCUGGUUUACUUAUGUAACACUGACUAAGCGGGAGAAUUGUUGGCAAUAUUCGGCGCGUUUUCACUGAAAAAAAAAAUUCCUGCUUUCCGCUGCGAACAUUUUUAGACAAAGUAAACAGACUGGUCUUUCCUCGUCCCCCACUGUACUUAAAGCUAAAAUGUCGUCAUAUUUCCUUUUCUUAGCGUUUCAUAUGUCCGGUGCUCCUUGCUGUGUGCUCGUGUUUGGUUCAAAGAUACUGCUUACACGAUAAAAAUGAAAGCGGCACUGCCACCCACUGAGUGGAUGUGCAAUUACACUUUACUCUAGUACGGCAAAAAAGUAUGUUCCCCAAGGUCACAUGCGCCACCCCCAGCAUUGGGGGGCCCGCCCCACUAUUUGAGAAGUACUGGUUUAGGCGCACCUAAAGUACUGUAUUAUAAUACUGUAGUAUUAUUUAGAAUAUUUCAGUUUUUUUCUGUUAUUCUUUUUUUUUUUAUAAUUUAACAUACUUCUGAUUCAAUUUGCUAAUAUGUUUUGAGAAAUAAAAAUCAUGUUCAAUGCGGAAAAACAGUGUAUUCUUUUUAACCCAGAUAUCCCAAAGUAACAGAUAUUAGAGCUGUAAUUUCAAUACCGUGAUAUUUUGGCUUAAGGUUAUCAUACCUUCAGAAUCUCAUACCGGCUCAUGCCUAGUUGUAAAUAAUUUUUACCUCCGCCAGUAGGUGAAACCUAAGAGGAGGUUGGGUUCAGUAUGUGUAUGUUUGUGUUUAGAAUCAUUUAAGAAUGAAUAAAGGGAUUAUUAUCAACCUUGUAGGAUGUUCUUUAUAUGAAUUGUCAAAGAUGACAGAUGUCAAUAAAGGAAUUUCACAACUUGAUAACCUGUUAGCCUA